UGUGCACAAUGACGUGUAUAUAAUUGUGCAAUAAAUACAUUUAGGGUGAUAUUUCUACAUGAAAGUGAGCUCUCAGAAAUGUAUCUAAAUUUGUGGACUGCUCUGGGAAUAUGUUCUUACUUAUCCAGUGACGCUAGCUGAAGCAGAGAGGAGCUUUGUAAUUCUGAAACUAAUCAAUGAGGAGAUGUUGGGUCAUGGCAUGGUUUACUCAGGGCGUCAUUCAAGCUAAAACCACCAUUGCUGGUUGGUGGUAUCUACUUAGCACGAACAUACAGUUCAGCAUCAGCUCAACAUCAAGCAGAACCUUUUGAGAGGAAUAAAUGAUGGAAGAAACUCCUGAUUGAUUUUAUGCAAAAAGAAUAAUUUUGAUGAUUCAUAAUAAUUUUAUAUUAAUUAAUAAUUAAUAUUGAUAUAAUUAUAUGAAUAGAUUAGUGUGCUAAACUAAGUUAAUUGAGCAAGAGUCUUUUGAUAAAAAUGAUAAUAGCAUAUUAUAGCCACAAAAAUCAUAAUACUCGGAUAAUUAAGUACAUUUGAAGGCAAAUAUUAUUGUACUUUUACUCAAGUAAAAGCUUUAAGGGAGAACUUUUACUUUUAAUGAGUAAUAUUUUACCUUGUGCAUCUCUACUUUUACUCAAGUACAUGCUUCAUCCACCACUGUUGGUUUCUACUUGUGUGCUUUCUUUGUUUCUAAGUCUUGCAACAAAAAGGCAUAGCAUUUUCCACCCAGGCAGGAAGUGCUACAGGGCAAGUGUUCCCAUGCAUCAGUCCCCACAGCUAAUACAAUAGCAUUUUAACCAGAGUGAAUGCAGGCUUUUGUCCCAGAGGAUCUCCUGAAUCUAGCUCGAGAUCAAACGAACCUUUCCUGUGGUAUUUUAUUACACCAGGUGUUGAAAAAGAAAAAAAAAACGCAGUUAAAUUAAAGUUAGAUUUAAUAAUUCCAACGGAAUGAGUUGGUUUCCUGUCUUGGACCAUGGUGUCAUAAAUAUUUUUGUGGAGAAUGGAGAAUCCCACCCAGCUAUGUAAUUGGGUGCAAAAUUACUAAUAUUAUUCAUGUGUAUUCUGGUACCUAGAUAAAAAUUAUUUUCCUUGCACAAGUAGUAAAUAGUUACUACUGAAUAGUUGCCCAUAAUAAUAGCUGUUAGUCAAAUAGUAUCAUAUUUAGUACAAUAUUUCAACAGCCUACCAAAUUUUACUCAUGUCAAAUCUGUAGACUUGUUUCCCUGUGUGGCUAUACAAUGGAGCCCUUUCCAUAGUGUGGCUAACACUAGCUCAUUGAUCAAACUUCUUUUUGUUCGUCUAAGCAAAAAAUCGUAAAUUACCGGUAAAUGAAUGCCCUCAGUGCAGAGCAGGUCACCUGUGGCCACAUUGUUCCAUUUAGUGCUGUUUAGAAACCAGUGAUGUAUGCAGGUAUAAAAGCACAUGGGAAGCAAGAGUUCUGAUGAUUAGCUGUUGGUGGAUCCUGCAGUUCAAGAUGAGACAAUCUGGCUCUUGUGUCAGGUCUGUUCUGUCGAUGCUGGUGUUUAUAACAGUCGUGUAUUCAGCAGCUAUGAGAGGCCAGAAUGAAGACUUUGUAAACUUUUUAAAUGAAGCCUUUAAUAGGGCCAGCCCUGGGCCAGCAGUUGUACCUGUCUCAGAUCCAUCAAAUCCUGCUGGUGUUCCAGACUCAGUAGCAGUGUGCUCAACUUCCACUCCAGGGCAUAAUACUGCUGAGCUUGACUCAGUGGAGCAUGCAGCUGACGAAAAAUCGAAAGAGAACAGCAACUCUGCUGAUCGCACAGAGGACUAUGACCACCGAAGCUCAAAUAAAAAAAACAAAGUAACUGAAACCUUGGGAUUAGACAACGAUUCUACUGAGAGUAAAAGCACAGAAAGAACACACAUGGACAAAUAUGUUGAGACAGAGAUUAAGAAGCAACCUGUAAAAACACAAGGUCUAAGUGCAGAGAACAGGAGCAGCCAGGAGUUGUAUGAACCUUGGGAUUCUGUGAAAGACCAAGAGAGGAAAAGGAGGAUGGACACUGAGAGAGGAGGGGAGGAACACAGAGAGACUCCAACCACUCAGACUGAUGCCAUUGAUCAAAUGAACAGUUACUUAGCUGACCAAACCCAGGUUAAAGAGAGGAAAAUAAAGGACAAGAUCAAGCAGAUGAGAGAAAACAGUGACUCUCCCCCACUGAGUGAUAGUCAGAAUAUCAUUGAUCAGAGUCAGGAGUGUAUGGAGGUGUCCAGUUGGGUGAUGAGAUAUCCAUAUGGGGAAAACACAAGUGUAGGUGGUGAAGGUAUAGAUCCACAGAGUGAAGAGGGAAUCACAAAUGAUGAGCACCAGCCAAGAAAACUGUGUUCUGCUACAAAGAGAUUGAGCAAACAAAGACCUCAGAGAGAGCAGCUGGACACAGAUAGUGAAGAAAGAGUGAAUAGUGAGCUUCUAGACAGAGAUAGAGAUAACAGCAGCGAGAGAAUGCUUGUUCAAGCCAUAUAUAAUGAGGAUUGUGUCUGAAUACUUAGCCAGACCCCCUGCUAACUUAUUAGUCACACAACCUGCAUAGUGGCUGCCACUUUUUCAUCAUCAGAUGUUGCCUUUUGGGUCAUCCAACAGCAAAGCGGCAUCAUGCAGGCCUUCCAGGUACAGCUGGCUCCUACUUGUCAGCUUGGGACCAUAAACUACUUUGCUCAUCUCGUCUACUGCAGGCUUCAUCUGCUCUAAUGGACCUCAGAGAGUCUUUCAGCAUAUCGUAAUCAUGACAGAGAUGUCAGCGUGUUAGAGAAGAUUUACAACCGAUUCUCACUCAUAGAGAUUGUGAAAUGUGCUUUGUGCUCGCAGCUGGGCUGCAUGGUUAUCAUUCCUAUCACACUGAUACUAUGGGGGGAAAAAAAGAAACUCACCUAAACAGGCUGGACUGCAUGACAUAAUCAAAAUAACCCACUGGAGAUUAAAAAAAAAAAAUGAAACAUUCAACUCACUAUGAAAAGUACAAAAAUAAAUGAAGAAAUAUAUACACUCAAACAUGUUUCUCUGCAAUUUAAUGAUCCAAUUCAGGAUUUGUUUG